UGGCCUCUAUUGAACGUUAUAGCCUUGUUAUAUUUACUUCUUUUGCUUAUUUCUAAACAUCAUUUUCGUUCGAAAUGACGUGAACUUUAAAACAUUCGCUCAUUUAUAACCAAAUUAGUGAUUUUCCACCGAUUUGAUUCCGCCCUUAUCACCGGGGUGUCCGCCUUGUUCGAGGGGCUGGUCGUAGAGGUCCGAUGCGUCACAUUUAUUUGGGCCUUCUGCAUCCUGCUGGCGGGGAAGCGCCGGAAUUUUAACGCCCAGCCGUUAAACGUCUUAUAUACAUUUAUUACAAGUCUGGAUCUCCGGGAUAACAAGACAUCGAAGGGGGAAAACGCGAUGCAAAGUAUGCAUUUGGAGACCAUUUGGUGUAAUUUGCUGAAGACACAUUCAGAUGUUGCCUUUGGAUUAGUAUCUAAUAUAAAACCUCACUUUGUUGAACUCUCAAACCAUGAAGAAGUUCACCCAAAAGUCUUGAACCCUCCUGCCAAAAAAGUCUUGAACCUUCAGUGUAGUCCAUUGCCGUUCCAAUGAACUGAUCAUCACUCAUUGGGACGUUUUUUGAGUAAAACCAAGUCCCAGUGAUCCCUGAACUCUAAAUUCAUACAUGUACAGUGGAAGAAUGACCGAAGCAUGGCAGCAGCAGCAUGCGGUCGCCCCUCCUCCAGUUGGGCACCCCCUUCUACAAGUGGCUGAGAAUGCCCUGGGCAGUGCUGCAUAUGGCAUUGUCCUACAGGCAGACCCUGCUUUACAACAGUCCCAGCACGGCCAACAUGCCCAGCAGCACCCACUGCCAGCCCAGCAGCCUUCGCUCCAGGUGGGGAGUGAAGGCGGCCAUAAAUGUGGAGCGUGCGGCCAUGAUAUAUCGCACUUGGCCAACCCCCAUGAGCAUCAGUGCAUGGUUAACCAGGACCGCUCUUUCCAGUGCACUCAGUGCAUGAAGAUUUUUAACCAGGCAACCGAUCUUCUAGAGCACCAGUGUGUCCAGGUUGAGCAGAAACCGUUUGUAUGUGGUGUGUGCAAAAUGGGAUUCUCCCUUCUUACGUCUCUGGCGCAGCAUCAUAAUGAGCAUACCACGUCAAACAAUCCCAUGAAGUGCUCUAUUUGUGAGAAAACAUACGGGCCGGAUUCGGCGUCUUCUACCCCUCAGCAACCCUCAACUGGAGAGACAUCCAGCGACGGGGCAGCUAUGGGUUCUUCUUCAUCUACGGCUUUUCAGGGCUCUGACCGUCCAUAUAAGUGCUCUGUGUGCAACAAGGCAUUCCGUCACCUUUCCGAACUCUCACGCCACGAAAGAGUGCACACAGGUGAGAAGCCCUACAAGUGCGACACCUGUGACAAGAGCUUUAGUCAGGCUUCUCACCUGGCACACCACCAGCGAACUCACAGCGCAGAUCGCCCUUAUAAAUGCGCCGUUUGCGAGAAGACCUUCAAGCACAGGCAGCACCUGGUACGACACAUGUAUGCUCACUCUGGCGAGCACCUUUUCAAGUGCAACCUGUGCGAGCUUCAUUUCAAAGAGUCCUCCGAACUUCUGCAUCACCAGUGUCAGCCUGCGGGUGAGCGUCCGUUCCGUUGCGGCGCAUGUGGAAAAAGCUUCAAACGACCCUCGGAUUUGAGGCAGCAUGAGCGCACCCACUCGGAAGAACGACCUUUCCAGUGUGAGGAGUGUCAAAUGAGUUUCAAACAGCAGUAUGCACUUGUUCGCCACCGUCGUACGCACAAAAACCCGGCAGACCGCCCUUUCAAGUGCAAUCAGUGCGACAAGGGCUUCCUGCAACCUUCUCACCUGCUGUACCACCAGCAUGUCCACGGUAUCGAGAGUCUGUUUAAAUGUGCCGCAUGCCAGAAAGGCUUCAGACAAUCUGGGGAGCUGCUAAGGCACAAGUGUACAGAAUCCAAUUCUGGAUCGAAUGCUCCGGAGAAGCCUUACAAGUGCGACGUUUGCGGAAAGGGCUACAAAAAGUCGUCCACCUUACAGCGGCACCAAAACUCCCAUUGCACCGAAAAGCCCCUCAAAUGCUCGCUCUGUGGCCGCCGCUUCCAAUCCUCGUCCGAUUUUGUGCAGCACCGCUGCGACCCGGCCCGAGAGAAGCCAAUGAAAUGCGCAGACUGUGAACGGCGCUUUAAAUAUUCCUCAGAGCUCCAGAGACAUCGUAGAGUCCAUACCGGAGAGAAACCCUUUAAGUGUCCUACUUGUGACAAAGGGUUCAAACAGCGUGAACACCUGGCCAAACAUGGCAUCGUCCAUUCCCGUGAAGCUCAGUUCAAGUGCGUUUGGUGUGGAGAGUGUUUUGGUGAGCUUGGGGCCCUUCAGGAACAUACGGUUCAACACACGGCAGAAGGAGGGGGUUAUUCUGGAUCUUCAUGCAUAGAGUAGUUGAUCCUUGACUAACGACAAUAAACGGUGCUCGCGUUAGCAACAUCGCAGUUUUUCUUACAUGUAAAGAAACUGUUAACAUAAAUUUUACAUAUCCCACAAGCAUUGCAGUUCUUGUUGGACUGGCUAAGAACUACAAAAAAGUGAUAGCUUGUAGAUGUCUUGAAGCUUAUGGGCAGAUAUCGGCAAUGUUACUCCAUGGACAGAAACUUGACUUCGUUCCAUACCAACCGUAUUGAAGAACACAAUCAAACACUUUAUAGGUCGCUACUUAAAAAUAAGCUUUUCAUAAUGAACAAUUUUGUUCCUUGUGCUACUCAUGAUACAAUGCACCACAUGCUAUGCUUUAAAAGUGGUGUUCAAGCAAAGAAGACUAAUUGGAUCAUAGAAGAAUUGGAUAAAUUUUAGUUCAGCUCAGUAUCUAAGGCCAUGUCCAGACUAAUACAUUUUCUUUGAAAAGGUAUGGAUUUUCCUACGUUUACACCCCUCGGCCACACUAGAAUGGUGUUUUCCUCCACUGAAAAUGGAAACUUCAGAAAACACUCUAUAAUCGCGUACAUUGGAAAAUGACAAUGUUAGGAAACUGAAAACGGAGGUUUCAAACUAAUUAGUUUGGAUGUGGCCUAAAAUAAAACGAGUAGUGCAGCUAUUGGAGCACGGUUUUCAGAUUGAUUUCAAUUGGUUUGCAAGAUAUUAAGGGUUUGAACUUGAUAACCACCCUAGACCUGUGCAUUGGUCUUUAUACGAUUGACCAGAACUUGAUGUCUCAUUGCAUUUGUUUUCUUUUAUUGAUUAUUUGGCCUUGGACUUGAACUGCCUUUCUUCUAGUGCUCUCCAUCUACAGUCUCAUGCUUCCAUGUUAACCAUGGAACCUGAACACUGUAUGGCCAUCUGGACAAUAUAGUGAUUGUAUGUACUCGUAAUGUAUAACUUCACCGCCUAACCCAUGAUGUAACAGGGUAUAUGUAUGCAUGAAUAGCCUAAAAUAAUUUAUACUGUUUGUUGUAAUCUGUCAUUGGUGCAUACUGCUAUGUUAACUUGUAGGAAAAGAACUACACAAAAAUAUCUAACCUUUUUUUUUUUCUUUCCUCUUGUGAAUUUCGAUUCAUCUCUAACAAUAACCAUUAGUUUGCAAGCAGUUGUUAUAGUAAAUUUACAGUGACUUAAGAACUGCCAGGCAACAGAGAAAUAACAAUGAAGUAUUUUUGUUUUGAGAUUGGCAAACAAAUGGUGUUGCGUUAGCGAAACGAUGCUGUAGAAGUUGUAAAGUUAUCUGUAUAUGGAUGUUUUGUAGCGCUUUGACUUGAGUACAGUGGUAGGAAUUAGUAUCUGUUUGUGUAUCUGCAUCAUAAACUGUAGACUGUGCAUCUGUGAUUAUGUUUCUUCUCUUGCAAGGAUGCGUUAUUUCUGCUUUGGUAAAUUAUUCUUUUGCCACAGAGAACUUGUUCAUUUUAUCUGCCACUAAUUCUUUGUUUGCUCUUUGCUUCAGUAGCAAAAAUAUUACGAAUGCCAUACAUCAGUUGGUAUUUCAUUUUUUGCACGCCUCAUUGGAUCCAUUGAUAGAACUUUUUAUUUGGGUUAAAAUACUAAAACCAUGCAUGGAUAGAUGUGCAGAUUUUGAGACAAAAUUGCACCGUAGGCAAUCAGCAGCUGUUGUAAUUAUAAAAAUCCUAUGAAUAAAAUCCAAGAGUACUAGUACUGGCAAUAUGUUAAAAAAGAAAUCUGUAAACAGAAGUAUUAAGUAGUGGUAGUGUGUUUUAUUCCAUCUUUAAGAUCUUCAAAAACUCUUACGAUACAGUAUCUAAAUAACUAAAGCAUUUUAAUUGAAUCCAUAUUAAUGGCAUAUUAUGAUCCUAACAGCUUGAAUGUAAAUAUUGGGCACAUUUCUCCCUUUUGAUGCCUCUGUAAGCCUAAUUAAUUUUUGGCUUAUGUGACAGUAUUGUUUGUUCUGCCACAGUUUCAUGUUAUGUUUAUGUGCAUAAAAUGCAGUUAGAGACUGGUGUCAUUGCUUGUGAAGCAAUAUUUUUGAUGUCGUCAAUUAACAGGUUGAAUCAGAAUUAUUUGUUCUUUUGUAGUUGAGCUAGAACAGAUGUAAUCCCUACCAUCCAUCUCCUGUGUGUCACUCAGCCCUUUACUUUUUAACCUCUUUAUGUGUGUUCCAGAGAAGGCAGUAAAGAGACAGACAUUGUAAAUAUGCCAUAAUGUAUUUUUUUUCAUUAUCACAAAUGUGUGGCAUGUCAUAACCUCAUAAGCCAUUUAUAAAAGAAUAAAUGUUUGUAAACAUAUAACUUGGAAUUAUUUGGAAACAGCAAACAGUGAAAUGAUGACUACUUGCAAUGUUGAAAUUGUGCAAUUCAUAGGCCAAUAUUGUGAAGCAGUACUACAGAAUAAUAUUUAGGCUGAGUUUGAAGUGGCAUGCAACCACUACUUUUACUAUUUCUGCCAUUUUAUAUAUGUAUAUAAAAUACACAACAACAGAAUAAAUGAUAGAAUGCUGAAAAUGAAAAAGUAGUAGUAUGCUAUUCUGAACUCAGUCAAAAAUUUAAUUUCUUAUGGUUUUGUUUACGUAUCAAGUACAUAAAUGUUACACCAUUACUCAUAUAGUUUUUGUAUAUGCAGUCAAAAAUACAAAAUGCAUUGACUAAUUUUCAUGAUUCUGAGCUCUUAUAUAAACAUAAAUUGUAAUGUUUUGGUAAUUGUUUCUGCUAUCUGUCUGUCACUCUUAUCUUUCUAAACUUAGCAAAAAAGAAACGUCUUCUCAAUUUCAACUGCUUUUAUUUUCAGCAAACUUAACAUUUGUAAAUAUUUGUAUGAACAUAAAAAGAUUCAACAACUAAGACAUAAACUGAACAAGUUUCACAGACAUGUGACUAACAGAAAUGGAAUAAUGUGUCCCUGAACAAAGGGGGGUCAAAAUCAAAAGUAACAGUCAGUAUCUGGUGUGGCCACCAGCUGCUUUAAGUACUGCAGUGCAUCUCCUCCUCAUGGACUGCACCAGAUUUGCCAGUUCUUGCUGUGAGAUGUUACCCCAUUCUUCCCUAGCCCUCACCCUCCAAUCCAACAGGUCCCAGAUGUGCUCAAUGGGACUGAGAUCCGGGCUCUUCGCUGGCCAUGGCAGAACAUGUCUUGCAGGAAAUCACACACAGAACGAGCAGUAUGGCUGGUGACAUUGUCAUGCUGGAGGGUCAUGUCAGGAUGAGCCUGCAGGAAGGGUACCACAUGAGGGAGGAGGAUGUCUUCCCUGUAGCGCACAGCAUUGAGAUUGCCUGCAAUGACAACAAGCUCAGUCCAAUGAUGCUGUGACAUACCACCCCAGACCAUGAUGGACCCUCCACCUCCAAACUGAUCCCACUCCAGAGUACAGGCCUUGGUGUAACGCUCAUUCUUUCGACGAUAAACCCGAGUCCGACCAUCACCCCUGGUGAGACAAAACCGUGACUCGUCAAUGAAGAACACUUUUUGCCAGUCCUGUCUGGUCCAGCGAAGGUGGGUUUGUGCCCAUAGGCGACGUUGUUGCCGGUGAUGUCUGGUAAGGACCUGCCUUACAACAGGCCUACAAGCCCUCAGUCCAGCCUCUCUCAGCCUAUUGCGGACAGUCUGAGCACUGAUGGAGGGAUUGUGCAUUCCUGGUGUAACUCGGGCAGUUGUUGUUGCCAUCCUGUACCUGUCCCGCAGGUGUGAUAUUCGGAUGUACCAAUUCUGUGCAGGUGUUGUUACAUGUGGUCUGCCACUGCGAGGACGAACAGUUGUUCAUCCUAUCUCCCUGUAGCGCUGUCUUUGGCGUCUCACAGUACGGACAUUGCAAUUUAUUGCCCUGGCCACUUCUGCAGUCCUCAUGCCUCCAUGCAGCAUGCCUAAGGCACAUUCACGCAGAUGAGCAGUGACCCUGGGCAUCUUUCUUUUGGUGUUUUUCAGAGUCAGUUUUUAUAACUGUGACCUUAAUUGCCUACCAUCUGUAAGCUGUUAGUGUCUUAACGACCGUUCCACAGGUGCAUGUUCAUUAAUUGUUUAUAGUUCAUUGAACAAACAUGGAAAACAUUGUUUAAACCCUUUACAAUAAAGAUCUGUAAAGUUA